AUGUUCGACGCUAGAUUAAUCCAAGCAAGCCUCUUCAAGAAGAUAUUGGAGUCGAUUAAGGACCUCGUAGAGUCUGCCAACUUUGACUGCAGCCCUUCUGGAAUCUCACUGCAGGCAAUGGACUCUGCCCGUGUUACCUUGAUCAACCUGUUGCUCCGUAAUGACGGUUUCGACAACUUCAGCUGCGACCGCUCCAUCUCCCUCGGUCUGUCCAUCGGUGCCUUGUCCAAGGUGUUGAAGUGUGCCGGCAAUGACGAUACACUCACCCUGAAGGCUCGUGAUGAGCCAGAUACCCUCACUCUCGUCUUUGAGAGUCCAAAGCACGACAGAGUCAGUGACUUUGAGAUCAAGUUGUUGGAGCUGGACCAGGACCAGUACGGAAUCAAGGAUUCUGGUUACUCUGUCACCAUCAAGAUGCCAUCUACUGAGUUGCAGCGCAUCUGCAGAGAUCUGUCUGCUCUCGGUGAGGUCGUCACCAUCUCUGCCACCAAGGAGGGCGUCAAGUUCUCUACCACCGGUGAGGUCGGCUCUGGUAACAUUACCGUGCGCCCAACCUCUGACACCUCUGUCCCCGCCGAUGAGUCCACCACCAUCGACUCCAAGGAGCCAGUCACCUUGAACGUCGCCCUCAAGUUCCUCGGUUACUUCACCAAGGCCACACCAUUGUCCCCAAUCGUCACCAUCAAGAUGAGUGAGGGUGCCCCAGUCGUCGUAGAGUACACCAUCGAGGAGCUCGGCUACCUGAGCUUCUUCCUUGCUCCAAAGCUCGGUGAUUAA